GUUGUUUGAUGAGGAGAACAGUUAGCAUGUCGCUUAUGUAGCUUAGCUGUAGCUCAUACAAGGCGUCAAACACACCAAGCCUCCUUUGUCCAGGUGAAAUAAUGGCUGAUGACCCUCAGAGAAAUUUCCGCUCCGCAUAUUAUGAGAAAGUGGGCUUCAGAGGAGUGGAGGAGAAGAAAUCUCUGGAAAUACUGCUGAAGGACAAUCCCCUGGAUCUCGAGAAGCUGAGCACGUUCAGUCAGAGGUUUCCCCUCCCCUCCAUGUAUAGGAUCCAUGUGUGGAAGGUACUAUUGGGCAUCCUGCCUCCCCACAGUGACUCUCAUGCUCUGGUUGGAGGCUACAGGAAGGAGCAGUACCAGGAUAUCUUGGAGGCCCUGGAGGUGAUGAGAUACAUCAACUGCUCCACGCCAUCCACCCACGUCUACCUGCGCAUGUUCCAGCUGGAGAGCCAGGUCCUCCCACGGUGCUCCGAGACCUCGCCCCCAGAUGAGGAGAAUGAAGACUUUCUCUCCAUCAGCCGAGCCAUGGAAGAGAUUGUAGAUGAUCCUGUUGACUGCUAUUGGCUUAUCAAGUGUUUCGUCAGUCAGUUCCACACAAAGUUUGGAGAUUCAAUACCACACCUUCCAAAGAGCCUGGAGCAUUACCUGAGUCAGGAGGAACCUCGACUUCUGAACCAUCUGAAGAACACCGGGGCCCUGGCUCAGCUGCCCUAUAGCCUCUGGUUCAGACGCUGCUUCGCUGGCUGCCUGCCUGAAUCUAGCCUGCAGAGGGUGUGGGACAAAGUGAUCAGUGGCUCCUGUAAGAUCUUGGUGUUUGUGGCCCUGGAGAUCCUGCUCAGCUACAAGAUCAUGUUGAUGGGCAUCAACCGGUCAGAGGGUGUGGUCAGGUUCCUGUGUAAUAUACCGCAGGAAAACACAGAUGCUAUUGUGACUAAAGCCAUUGAUUUGUGGCACAAGUAUUGUGGCACCCCGAUGCAUGCCGUAUAGCCACUUCGAGCCAGACAAGGACAAAAUCUAGAGCCAAAGGUGAGCUGCUUUCCCAGAAUCCACCAGGACUCCACUGAGAGACUGCAGCGUUGACCAUCUGUUGGACUUUGUCUCUGAAUGACUGAACUGGAAACUCAUCACGGACUAUUUCUGAUAAGCCAGAGGACAUGGGAGCCACUUUUCAUAUUGACAAGUCGACUUCCAGCUUUCCCCUGAGAACAUUCAAACUGUACUGGGAAAGAGACCUGAAUAGACAUGAGCACUGGAAACAGCUACUGCAAAAGCUGUUUAGUGCAGCAGGAUGUGUGAAUUUCACAUGAAACCUGUUUGUAAAAAGACAAGGAAGCACAAACUUAUUAUUUAUUAAUAAGUUUCUUUUUUU